GAGAGAGAGAGAGAGAGAGAGCUCAGAGCUCAGCCUUUGCAAAGGAUGGUGGUGAGACAAGUGCCUCCAUUGCCUGCCCCGGUGGGUGUGCGGCCACACACUCCUCCCCUCGCCGCCGCCCCGGUAGCUCCCAGCAGCGCCCGCAGUCCUCCUGCCACCACUAGUUCCAAUGUCACCUUGGCCUGCCCCCUGCACUGCUGGGCAGAGGCCUGUGCGAGCGGGCCGUGGCGGCAGCCUGCUCAGCUCGGAUGUUUGUCUCGGGGAGCACGCCGGCUGCCCUGCUGGAGACGGGCCGGCCCCCAGGGUCACAGCGGCCAAAUAAGGACAUCAACUUCAGGACCAUGCACCGCUCCCCCCGGGACUCGGGCUCCCGCGGCAUCCCCGUCCCCGAGGACAGGAAGCUGUACGUCGUGGACUCCAUCAACGACCUGCACAGACUCAACUUCUGCCCCGCGGGGUCCCAGCACCUGCUCCCGCCGGAGGAGAAAACCCUGGAGGCCGGCACUCGCUCGGGCGAUGGGCGCCCCCGCCUGCUCUUCCUGGGGCUGGUCCUCGCGCUGAUGGUCAGCCUGGUGCUGGUCGCCUUGGUGACCUUCCUCAUCAUUCAGACCGGAAGCAAGAUGGACAAUGUGUCGAGAAGACUGGCGGCUGAGGGGAGGGACAUAGACGAGCUCAAGAAACUCAACAGCAUGAUCGUCAAGCGACUCAACCAACUGGAGUCGGCACAGAACUAGAGACGAUCUUCCAGCGCAGCUGGCGACCCCGAGCUUCGGCUCGGUGGGGCC